AUGUCAAGGUCCGGCUCCGAGUCCUCGGAGAGGGGCUCUCCUGACCCCAGCCAGACCCCAAGGACGAGCAGAGGGCUUGCAGUGAGGAGUAGGGAUAGGGAUAGGGACGUAUCAGGUUCCAAGAGGAAACGAGGAGACACAUCGACCGGCGCCGGGCCCUCCAAUCGACGCCGUACCGCCGAACCUGAAGAUAUCGGGGCCGACGAUGAUUCCGACGUUUAUGACCCCGAUCAGCCGGUGGAAGAGAGGCGCGAUAUCCAGCGCGGUCUGCGCGAACUCGGAAGAGAUCUCGUCGACAAUGCCGACGACUACCUAAAAGGCGACUCGACGGGGAUCCGCGACUUGAUUGUAUCUGCCAACGAAAUCAACAAGAACAUUAAGCAAACCACCGAGGCCGUCAUCGACUCCCGUCUCCUAGUAACGGCGGCGGACAUGUCAUACAAGAAAACGGUUCGCAUCACACAAGGAAACACGGCCGACGGCCUAGAUGUGGACGAAUUUGUCUCGAAAUGCAUCACGUAUAUGCGCCAGGGAGCCCGCGAGCACAGCGACAACGCCCCUGAGCUCUCAAGCACCCAACGCCAGCGCAGAGGGCGUGCCGGCAGGGGCCAAGAGGGAUCAGAUGACGAAGAUGAGGACGGAGACAUGCUGAAUUGGGCUUAUCUUGGCCAAUUUGCCUGUCUCCCUAGCAUCAGUCGCCCGGCCGUUCAGGGCCACCUCCUGGGGCCGCUCUCGGUAGAAAAGAAGGCGCGCAAGAUAACGAAGCGAAAUGCGCCCUUCAGGAUUAACCAACUUGCUGAAACGAGGCCGGAAGUUAUCAACGCGGAGGAGCUAACAAAACAAGACAACGACCUCGCAGUCAUCUGCGGAAGGGUCCUGCAGCGGCUCCAGCGUGUUCAGAGAAAGUUGCAAGAGGACGCAUAUGCACAAAUCACGGAAGAGAUGGAAAUAGACGAGCAGGUACAGCUUAUGCAUCGGCUGGGUUUGCGAAGUACUGGUGGCGUCGAUUUCAUGCGCUUCGUCAUAAAUCCCCAUUCAUUCGGCCAAUCCAUCGAAAAUAUGUUCUACGUCAGCUUCCUCAUCAAGGACAACAAGGUGCGCAUCGAACUAGACGAUGACGGUCUUCCCUCCGUCGCCCCCGUCACGACGGAAAUGGAACAAGAGACUAGCCGGCACCAAACGAAGCACCAGGCUGUUUUCAGCUUGGACAUGUCCACCUGGCGGGAUAUCAUCGAGACUCUCGACAUAAAAGAACCCAUCAUACCGCAUAGGCGGGAAGAUGCUCAGGGUGGUCCCGGUGCCAGGGGCUGGUAUUCAUGA